ACUUUUCGUCGCUCGGAAUUACACCAAAGGCUCUUUUAAGAGCCACCCACAUUUUCUAUCAAGAGUAGCGUUUUCCAGUUUCUUUAUCGGGUUUACCCCCAACCCUACCGAUUUAUAGCGGUCAUAUGAACAUUGUUGUGCAGCGCUCCUCCAAUUGCUUUCAUUUUCUCUUGUUGGAGGUAAAGGCCAUGUGCACACGUAGCCUAGCAGAUCCCCAAGCAGCUGUGCUGAAAUGCGUUCGGUUUGAGUGCAAGAAUGAAACGCCAACAAUUUUCCAUUCGAAUUUGUAUUCAUCGACGUAUUGGUAAGUCUUGUGGAUUAUUCCAACAACGCCUAAGACUCCAGAAGAAAAUUGGUUUAAACCAGCCUGAGUCGGUCACGAUAUGGUUUCAACACUUAGCCUAUGUUAUAUCAGCUGUUCAACCCAUAUACUCAACUAGUCCACCAGCAUGACCACCAUCUUACUCUACCGGCCCUUCCAGCUUUUAAACUGACUAGCUAGAAUUUAUGCAGAAUCGCGAGUGGAAUGUAAAGCUGGGAAGUCAAUGCAUAAAAACUUUUGUCAUAAAAUAAAAUGGCAAUUUCUGGACUGAAGUGACAACAAAUGAUGCACACUGAAAGGUACUGUUAGUUGAAAAUCUCUUUUUGGAGUUUGUGUAGCCUGUUGCCGACACAGGCAAUUCACGUUUUAAGUAAACGUUUCUUAAAGCAAAUUAUUUCUCAAAGGGAGAGUGUAAUGGACUUAAGAACUACAAUAAAAGUACAUAGAGAAAUUUAACAAUGGUAAAAUUAACGCUGGUUAAAAAGAAAAUGUUGGUUGGGGGGUCUUUUGUUCCGAAGACAGACGUUAUUCUUUUUACAAACCCGCCUUAUUGAACCAAUAGAUUUUGAAUAUAACAUCAUGGGCCAACAGCUUCCAAUGAAAAUUAGUCUGACGUCAUUAGCAACGAGGGCAUGCAAAUUUGCAUACAUCUCUGGCCAGACACUUAAACAAUGACUCAGAACUACAUUCUGCCCACAUCAUUGCAAAAUGCCUGAAGCUGCCAAGUCAGCGCCCAAGAAGGGCUCUAAAAAAGCCGUGACGAAGACUGCUGCGAAAGGCGGAAAGAAGCGCAGAAAGAGCAGGAAGGAGAGCUACGCUAUCUACGUGUACAAGGUGUUGAAGCAAGUCCAUCCUGACACCGGCAUCUCUUCCAAAGCCAUGGGGAUCAUGAACUCGUUUGUCAACGAUAUUUUUGAGCGUAUUGCUGGUGAGUCUUCCCGUUUGGCUCACUACAACAAGCGAUCCACCAUCACUUCAAGGGAGAUUCAGACCGCCGUGCGCCUACUACUGCCGGGAGAGCUGGCCAAACACGCAGUGUCUGAGGGCACAAAGGCUGUCACUAAGUAUACCAGCUCUAAGUAAACUAGUGGAAUAGUUCUUGACCCAAAGGCUCUUUUAAGAGCCACC